UAUCUCGAAGAAAAAAUAGUAACAAUGUUGUGAUGUGGGUCCACUUCUAGUGGCAUACAAAUACUGAAAUUGCAAUGCUUUUGCAAUGCUGCACACGGCAAAUAUUGCACAAUUGGUUAGGUAAUAUGUUCUGUAGAUGAGAUGUCAUGGAUACCCUCUAUCUUUAUGCCUGGUUGUUGCUAAUUUGUGUGCAGAGGCUGAGAGCAGCCUCGUUCUAUGGAGACAGUUAUCUAAAUCUGCCCUUUGGAAUCAACAAAGAUGUAGAGCUGAGGGUGAGGUUUUUAACCUGGCAGCCCCAUGGUCUCCUCUUCUUGGCCCGGGGACCCUCGGACUACCUGUACUUGUACCUCCAGGAUGGGUGUGUCCAGGUUGAGGCCGACUUUGGCUCCCGUUCUCUGACUUGGAAAUCCUUACAGAAAACAGACGAUGGAAACUGGCAUCAUGUUGAACUAAAGCAGGUUUCUCAGUCAUUGACUGUCACUGUUGAUGGAGUUGAGAAUCAGAUUGAUAUUUUGGGGCAAUUACACGAACUGAAUGAAAAUGAAGUUUUUGUGGGUGGCAUGCAGAAAACAACUAGCUUUGAUAAAAAAUGGUCGUAUUUCCGUGGUUGCUUAGGAAAUGUUGUAUUCAAUCAGUAUGAUAUCAUUAGCAAUGCACAGAAACUAGAGGGAACACAGUCAGUAUAUCAUGUAUCAUGGACGUGUACAGAGGAAGUCAAGGCAGAGUCCUCUCUGCCCAUUAAUUUCCAUUCCAACUCUUCCUUUGCUGCCUUUCAUCAUAUACCUUUUAAAAACACUGGAUCUCUUUCUGUGCAGUUCAAAACUGGGACCGAAAAUGGACUUCUGUUAUUAGCCCUGGCAAGGAAACCAAAAACAGAACCCUAUGUGCUUUCUGUUGAAAUAUUAUCCAAGAAGUUGAAAUUGUUGCUGAUCAAAGGAAGUGACAGAUUGGUAGAUGGACUUGAUUCUAAUGUGAUAAUCAGUGAUGGAGAAUGGCAUUCAUUGUCCAUACAGUGUACAGACACUUUGGUAAAAUUUACAGUGGAUCAUUCUGAAGAGACCACAUCACUUGAUGAGAGUAGGUGGAAGAACUUUGAAUUCCCUGGGCAGUUUUUCUUGGGAGGAGUAACACCUCAUGUAAUGUCUUAUGAAGCAGUAGUAAAUAUUGACUCCAUCUUAACAUCUGAUCAUUACCUUGGAUGUAUGAAAAACUUGACAAUCAAUUCAAAGCUGUAUGGAUUUCAGCAAAUGCAAGUAAGUCGUGAUUUGAACACAGACUGUGGACUAAUGACUGAAUGUACUAGUAACUGUGAAAAAACAACCAGCCAACCAACCUUCAGUACUUAUGUGACAACAACAUCCCCAUAUGAAGACCAAUAUGUUGAAGUCAGAGGUUUGACACUGAAAGAAGGCACAGAAAGGGUUAUUACCACUGAACAUAUUAUCGUUCUGCUUGAUUAUAAAGAACUUCAGAUCCGUGAGUCUGCAAUUCAGUUUGAAAUGAUGCGAUUUCCGAAACAUGGGCAUCUUUUGAUUGAUCUUGGGAGGAGAAGGAGGAACAGGGAUGUUUUCACGCUGUUGGAUUUACUGGGAAGGAAAGUUAGGUAUAUCCAUGAUGGGUCAGAAUCAACGAGGGACGAAGUGACUCUCAAUAUGAAAAUAGCUACAAAUGGACCUGGUGACUUUGCUGAAAUGCAGAAAUCCUACACCUUUAUACUUCCAAUUCUUAUUGAACCAGUGGAUGACAAACCUACUCUGCAGCUGUUGGGCAGCUCUCAAAGUGAAGCCUCUUUAAAUAUGGCCAAAAACACAAAGCUAAGAAUCACAAGAUCUAUUGUAGAGGUGCUUGACCCAGACUCCUUGCCUUCCUCCUUGGUGAUAUCAACAGUUUGCAGAUCAAAACACCCAGGGAAAUCACCAGGCCACUUUGAGACCUCUGACAGAGCUGGGAUAGAAAGAUCCACAUUCUCCUUUCAGGAGAUUAUAGAUGGGAGAAUAUGGUUUUCAUUGGGGGCUGAUUCAUCAUUCUGUUUGCUGACUGUUGGGACACUCACAAAGAGGCUGAUUAUUGAUGCAGUGGACAUGAAUUUGCAUUUGAACAUCUCUGGGAUUAGAGUAACACAGGGAAGCCAUAUCACCAUAGGUAGAAAGAAUUUGGUGGCCAUUGAUAAUGUGCCUAUGCAAGAGAUUGAAAUCCGAUACCGUGUUAUUGUUUCACCUGACUAUGGAGAAAUUCAGAGAAGAACGUAUUCUAAUGAUACAUGGGAAACUGUGGAUACAUUUGCCCAGCGUCACAUAGAUAAUAAUCAGAUACGAUAUGUAAAUAGAGAAAAGCGGAAUUUGGUGCAGUACGAUAGAUUUUCAAUAGAAGCAUCUGCCCUGAACACAACCAUUAGGGGUCUUGUGUACAUUUAUGUUGACAGACUAACUAUUGAUAUUGUUGGGUCCAAUAGGGUAGUAAUCCAGCACAGCCAGUAUAAAAUUAUCUCCAGUGACGAGUUGCAUGCUAGAACGAAUGAUCUUUGGUAUGACGCCAAGAACAUCAAAUUUACCAUAUCAAGGAAACCGUAUCGGGGAAAUCUGUAUCGUAUACAUCACAAAAAUAUCACAGAGGAACUGAUUUAUGAGAUGGAGCCACUAGAUAUCAAUGAUGUUUUGACACAGGAGGAUGUGAACAGUGGGUAUGUUGUUUAUCGUUUGCACCACUUGACCUAUGAUAUGACGACAGACUUCAUUGAUUUCCGCGUGUCUGCUCCUCCUGCAGUCUCCAAACCAAUGCGUAUGAACAUGGAAUUUUUUCCAAGACAAACAACGGUUCGCUUGACCAACAAUGUUUUGGACACGGUAUAUGAAGGAAGAGAGGCAGUGAUUUCAAAGAAUUAUCUUUACUUGGAGACAGAUGACUUUCAGAACUUUGAAUUCAGUGUUGUUGACUUUCCUCAGCAUGGGAUUUUGAAGCUGAAAAAUCGAAAUCAUUCACCAGUACUCCUGAGACAAAAUGGUGUCACACGAUUUUCAAAUGAAGACAUUCAGAGAGGUAGGCUUUUCUAUGAACAUGAUGACUCAGAAAAUGACAGAGACAGCUUUGCAUUUGUUGCUUCUCCAAUCUUGACGUCUGCAACAACAUUUCCAGCAAAAGUAAAAGAAUACAGUGGAAGAUUUCAUAUCCGUAUUACCAUGCGCAAUGAUAAUCCGCCUCUUAGAAAGGUGGACAAAACUUUGAAGAUAGUAUACAACAAGGAAAAAGUGAUAACAGUGGAUGAUCUGAGUUUUAGUGAUCCAGAUGUCAACUUUGAUUCCAUGAAGUUAAGAUAUACAAGGGAAAGAAUUCCAAAUGGUGAAAUAGUGAACAGUGAGGACAAUAAGGAGGUCUUUACUUUCACACAACAAGACAUUGCUGAUAGAAAAAUCAAAUUCCGCCAUAUUGGACCAGAAACUAGCAAAACUUUGAUGACUGUUUCUGAUGGUUAUUUUAUGGAGCAUUUUCCUUUUAGUGUGGAAGCUGGAAGUCCGUUCAUUGUGAUUCAAAAUAACACUGGAGUAAUUGUGCAAGUUGGAGAAGAUGUCAACAUCCAUUCAGCUAAUCUAAGCAUUGACACCAAUGUGAAUGUGAAACCAGAGGAAGUGAAAUUCAUCUUGAUUGAGGAACCAUUGCACGGGAGACUAAAAAUAGAUGGAGAAACUGUUACACGGUUUACCCUUGGUGAUUUACUAGCUGGUUCUUUGAUCUAUAGCCAUAGGCAUGGUGGCAUGGGUGAGGACCACUUCAAGUUUGCUGCUAUAGCUGGAGAAGCAAGAAUACAGGAAGAGUUUCAAAUCCACAUUCUUCAGGGCACGCCGUCUCGAAUACCAAGAGUUAUCAACAACAAUGUUCUUCAAGUUCAAAGUCUGAAAUCCCAAACCAUCAGAAAAUCCAACCUGCUUGUCUUCAAUGCCUUGUCACAGCCUUCCUCUAUUGUGUACUCCAUCACUACCAGACCAAGGUAUGGAGCAAUUUAUGUCACCUAUAAGACAGAAAGUAGAGAGCAGAACACAUUUACGCAAUGGGAUAUCAAUUCGAAUGCAGUGUCAUAUCGCCACUCACAGAAAGGCCACAGAACGGAUUAUUUCACAUUUGAUGUAGCAGAUGGAGUAACAGGUCAAAGGUUAAGGGGACUGACCUUUGGAAUUGAGGUACUCCCGCCACCGUUAGAUAUAGAAACAAGGAAUCUGAGUAUCCGAGAAGGAGGGAAAAGGCCUCUGUCACCAGCAGACAUUGUUCUAAAAUUCACCACGCCAACAAAUCUAUCUGUUGUCUUCCAUGUGGUCAAACAACCCAGACAUGGUCAUCUGGAGCUGAUUGAAAGAAGGAACCAGUCGCUGUUCUCUUUUACAAUGGACGACCUGAGACAGGGGAGGGUUUAUUAUGUGCAUGAUGGAAGCGACUCGGAAUUGGAUGAAAUAGUUAUCAAAGGUCGGUUGGCAAAUAAAGAAGAAACAGAUGAUCAGCACGUGUACAUCCACAUUGAGGCUGUAAAUGAUGAAGCCCCUCAGGUCAUCACAAAUAAGGGCCUGACACUUUGGCAGAGUUCUAUGGCUUUGAUUUCAAAGGACAUCUUGAAUGCUGAGGACCCUGACACGCCCCCUGACGGAGUGUGGUAUGCAGCGACCAAACCCACGAAUGGCCGAAUUUCAUUCCUGAAUAACACCUUCAAAGACAUCACGAGGUUCACACAGCAGAGCAUCAAUACAGGACAGGUGGUGUUUGUGCAUGAAGGAGGUGACACCGGCUCCUUCUGGUACCAUCUGAGUGAUGGUCAGAACAGCAACACCAACAGGAUGCAGUUCCACAUCACUGCCAAGAGACUGGUCCUCUCCGUGGUCAACAACAACCAGCUGCAAGUCUACCCUGAACAGAUGCAACCAAUCACCCAGGCUCAUCUGCUCAGCCGGACUAAUAACCCAGACCAGAGUAAGGACAUCACCUACCACAUCCAGGUCAAACCGGAUAAAGGGCGCCUAGUAACCAGAAAGAACCAGCAGGUAAUUCCGGUUGUUUCCUUCACCCAGAAUGAUGUUAAUGAUGGCAAAAUCUACUAUCAGCAUGAGAGUUUUAUGCAGACUGUGGAGGACAGUGACAAAUUUGUCUUUGAAGUCAAUACGGUUUAUGCCGACACAGUGAAAAACCAAGUUUUCAAUGUUGUCAUAUCAUACAGCAGUCAAAGUAAUCAAGGCAAAAUCCGUGUUAAAAAACUGACAUUAAAUGAAGGUGAGGAGAAAGUUAUAUCCCAAUCAAAUCUUGAUAUCUCAACUUAUGUAAGACAGCUAGAAGCUUCUGGAAAAAUGGUCUCCGCUAUGUUCUCCUUGAUGACUGUUCCUAAAAAUGGAGUGUUGUCCUGGAGAGGAGGCAGUGCUCUGAGAGAAGGCGCCAACUUCACUCAAGAGUACAUCAGCUCUGACCGGCUCUCAUACCAUCACGAUGAUUCAGAGACGAGGAACGAUAGCUUUAAUUUUCAAGUUUAUUUUGACAUAAAGUUUGGAUCAAGAGAAGAAAUGCAGAUCCUUGAAGAAACCUUUCCUAUUGAGAUUGAAUCAGUGAACGACCAACCAUUUCAUUUUGUUCCUAAAAAUCCUGUGAUUGAGGUAACUGAAGGAGGCAGUAAAACUGUGGAUGAUAGUGUUCUCAAGCUGGUGGAUGAUGACUCGCCGCCUGAAAGACUGUGGUAUGAGGUCAACACUCGACCAAACAAUGGAAUUCUAGCAUUUAAGGCUGACCAUCAAAGACCAAUCAAAACCUUUACACAGAAAGAUGUUGAUGGUGGCAACAUCAUAUUUACCCAAACCGGACCGCCCAUUCCAUCUUUUAUCGAGUUGAACAUAACUGACGGGAAGUUCCCGCGGCAGACUGUGACCGUGGCAGUGAGUGUCGUGUCCUUGACCUUGGAAAUGAUUAAGAACGAUACAAUAUACAUUCCACAAGCUUCAACAUCUGUAUACAUAACCCAGGAACAGCUGGAUUCCAAAACCAACGGGGACAGGAGUAAAAUCCUAUACACCAUCACAAGGCCUCCCCUGCAUGGAAGGAUCUAUGUCAGAUCCUAUCCUGUGACCACUUUUACACAACUUGAUCUCGAAAAACUGCAUGAAGUUAUGUAUGUCCAGCAAGAUCUGAAUUACCCCAGUGACCAUUUUUUCUGUGACGUUUCCUAUCAAGGAUCUGAUCUCAUCGUUGUUAACAAAAAGAUCUCUAUAUCAGUGAAACCAUUUGUGAAGCAGAAUCCAGCAAAGUUGUCGAAAGGAUCCAACCAAACACUUAUCUCGCUGCUGAGUCUCGAUGCAAGAGGGCUAGCUAAUGUGACAGGUAGUGUACCACACUACAAAAUAAUAAACCAGCCAAAAUUUGGAGUCAUUGUGAACACGGCUCGCAGGAAGAGGGAUGUCGAAGCAGGAUACCAAGAAGUGGAGGAGUUCACCCACACGGACAUUGAAUAUCGCAGAAUUUACUAUGUUAUAAAUCGACCUGUGCAAGGACAAUCAGAAGAUAGAAUGACCUAUUUACUGACCGCCAGAGGUGUCCAGCCAGCUAUUGGGGACUUUGUGUUUAAACUACCGUAUACUAGGGGCGCCAAUGGUUCUGAUGUGGACAAUGCAGGAAGCCGGGAGGUGGUGAGUCCAAGUGUCAGGAAUGACUUCAUGAUCAUUCUGGCCAUUCUUAUUCCUUUGUUUGUGGUUGUCAUUCUUGGAGUUAUAAUUGUGUACCUUCUUUGGAGGAAGCGGAGGUAUCAAAACUAUGUUCCACCGACUGGUAUGCAGAAAAACCAGUUAAGACCAGAAAUUUCUGGUCCAAUUCCACUGAAUCAACCGCACGUUCACAUUGAACCCAAUGAUAAUGCAUCUGAUGAUGAGCAUUCCCUCGUGUAUGAGCAUCACAACUAUUACAAUAUACCUGUUGUUAGGAGGAAUGUUUCAGAGGACAGUAUUUCAGAUUUUAAUGAGUAUAAUGAGGUGGAGGGAGCAACAGGCCUUACCCAGACAGAGGUUAGUGCUACCAUACCAGAGUGCAAGGUCACACCCCUGGGUGACCUACAUUUGAGGGACUCCAUUGUCUCUCAAUCCAGCGUUGACUUGUUUGAUUGGUCAGUGAUGGAUGACCCUGAACUAUUACAGUUCUGUCGAACCACAGCUCCCGUGUUGAAAGAGAAUCAGUACUGGGUUUAGUCUUGUGAUAUAUAUGUAGUUAGGCCCUUUUUUAUGUUUUUGUUAUUUAAUAAAUGCACUUUUAUAUGCUUUACAUUGAGAAUUAUGACUUUGUUUUUAAAAUCACAAAUCAGCAUUUUUUACUCAGGCCUGUAGAGAGUCAUUUCUCAAAUGUACAGUGUAUAAACUAAACUAAGUCUUGUACUUGAAAGUCAAAUAAUUAUUAUGAGCAAAAAUUUGCAAUAAAAUAGAGAAUGAUUUAUUUUGUUCAAAGGUUGUUGGAUUUAUACUAAGAAUUAGUGCUAUGAUUUUUUCCAAUUAUGUAUUUGCAAAUGUACUUUGUACAUUUAAAUUAUUCUUCUGGUAUAAACUUUGUUUUAAACUCUAAUUUUCAGACAAAAUGCAUGUAUUUUUAAAUUAAUGAAUUUUUUAUAUGCUAUUAAUUUAAAGCAUAUAUGUCUUCUUUUUAUGUAUAAAGUUCUCUAAUUCUAUUUUUAAAAAAGACUUUGAGGAAAACUUCAACUUCAUAUAAAAAAUCAGAUCAUAACUAUUAAAAUAAUACCUAAAUUGUGACCCCAUUUAUUACUGAUCUGCUUUUAAGUAUAUGGGAGUUUUUAUCUUUAGAACCCGUAAAUGUAUAUGUACCCUCGUAAAGAAUAGGCGAUCCCUUGGGAUUUCAGGAAGAUGCUGACUGGUUAUUAUCUUAAAAUCCCUUUGUUUGCUUUAUAGUACAUGUACUUGCGAAAAAGUUUACCCAUUUAAUGUUAUUACAUCAAUGGAAUCAAAAUCGCAUUUUUUUUUUAUUUGUUUGAUCAUUAAUUUAAUUGGAAUGCUUUAAAAUUAUCUUUUUAAAUUUACACAAAAUUAAUAUCUUAGCAUAGCUUCACUUUGUUACAAGAGCAAACAUUCCUUUUUAAAUCCAUAUUUUUUAAGCUUUCCACCCCCAUGGUUUUUUUAUAUUGUAUUUCAGAUUAGCUGUUCUACAGUACAUUGUCCAUGUAAAUAUGUUAGAGGUAUCGAUGAUGAUUGUAUACUAAGAAGAAGGAAAUGUUUUUAUUAUUCUAUUAACAUGUUAAUGUAUGUAUUGAUAUUCUAUCAAUAUUGAUGGUCUAGUAAUUCAACAAUAUACAUGUAAUACCUUUGAUAUUUGAAUAUUAGCUUUGAAUACCCCAUAAUAUACAUGUAUCUUUGGAAAUCAUUUAGAAUACAGUCGAACUUCGUUAUCUCAAACUAGAUGGAACUGUUUAAAAACCUCGAGAUACCAAAGUAUUUGAGAAUACUUAAAAGAUAAGUGGUGGGGACUAACAAAUCAGUUGGACACAUCCAUAGUAUUUGAGAUAACAGUGUUCGAGAUACCGAAGUGCAACUGUAUAUAUCAAUCUAAUGGUAGUCUAGUCACUGUUAGAUCUUCUUGAGUGUAUUGCAAUACUAUUUUUGUUGUGCCAAAUAUCUUGUUUUUGAUACACAGUUGUUUGUGACUGUGAAAUUCUAAUGUUAUGUCCACAGAAUUUAUUGAAGGGUAUUUGCUAUUCAUUAUCAGGUGGCAUUAUUUGAAUGAUAAUAUGCUUGUUGCUGAUUUUUUCCAUUUCUUCUGAAUUGAUGCUCCAUUGAAGUAAUAUAAGCUAUGCCAAAAUUAUGUUUUUGAUUUCCUUGGGAUACUUGUGAAAGGCCUUUUUGUGGUAAAUGCCAUAUAUAUACUAGUUCAACGAGAGUUCUCUCCCCUUGUAAUGCCUUAUUGAUGGGCAUUCUUACGUAAUGUAUUUUCACUGAUUGUGAAUAUUUUGUGUUGAAGUGCUGAUGUCUGUAUAAUUUGAUAACAAUACUCAAUAUGCUUUGAUACAAUCUAAACAGUGGACAAUAACUACACAAUAGUAAUAUUAAUCAGACUAUCUACCUAUAGACAAUAUAUACAUAAUAAAAUAUAUAUGUGUACUGUCUAGAUAUAAGAAAUAGUAACUUUGUAGUUUUAAUAGCAUAAUGAUAUAAAUAUUAUUUAUAUACAUGUAGAGUUAAUGGACUGUCUGGCUCAUGAAGACAAUGAAGUCUUUAAACUGUUGACGUGCACAGAAACCAGCACGUUUGUUGAACACAGAUUGUAUUGACAGAUUUAAUUUGCUUCAAGCCACAUGAAUUGUCAGUUUUCAUACAAUAUUCCUUCAAAGACUUCACCUACAAUGUUUGGCUUGGGUCAGUGGUUGAAAUGUAUUUGGUCAAGUAUUUAAGGAGAUGUAGUCCCUGUUAGAUGAUGUGUCAUGAGUUGGCGGUGUGUCCGCUGAGUGUGUUUCCUGUGUGGGGGGAAUUGGUUGGUGCUUGGUUUGCUGUUGAUGCUUGUUGACAGAUAUAUUGGUUUGCCUUGUAUACAUUGUGUACAUUGUAUAUAGCUGCUGCUUGUUGUUGAUUAUUUCAUUACAGUUGAUGAUCAUUAUCACCUGAAAAAUAAAACUUUGAAAAACUU